CUGUGCUCUCCAAGUUAUUCCUAAAACAAAACAUUCAGGAACAAACUUGUCUGCUUUCUACAGUUUGAAUCGGCAUCCUAUCGACAUUGACAAAACUAUAGGUUACCUAUAUAUCCGGCCUCAAUUCACACCUUCACAUCCUCAACAUGGCUGAACACUCGACACCUGUGCCUUAUACUGCAAAUCCGUUGUAUCUUUUGCUCAGCGAUCUAUGGCUAUUUGUCAAAAUCACGAUCACCUGGCCGCCCUCCGCAGGACUUCCUAGCAUCAUCUUACCGUGGUGCCCGACCAAGUACCUCGACGAGUUGGCUUUGACUCCGGCAAACAUAGGGGCUAUAUUCUUGCACAGCCUGCUCAUACUUGGCCAAGUUGUUUUCUUGGUUUCACUCGUCCCAUUGGCUUUUGGUUUGAUACCCAGCUUAUACUUCCUGUACAUCAUCGCAUUCGUGCUCGGGAACCAACUUGUAUGUGUCCUCCUGAACGGAAGGCGACAGCAUACACUCAUCUCCUCGAACCCGAAAUGCGUCGACGGCUGGCCGACUCAUCCCAGCGAGAAAUGGGUCUUUAUUAAUGGUGUUGCAGUUGGGCGCGAUUGGCUACAGGCCAACCUGGAUCGCCUCUCGAUGAUAUUCAGACGACCAGUCUACGCGAUCCACAACCAGACCCGAGGUAUCAUCUUCGACGUUCUGGAAUGCAUCGUCCAGCGCGACCUCAAUUAUGCAACCCUCGACAUCCGACAAGCGUACUCGGCACUCACGAAGGUCCUCUCCGACAAUAGCGUGCACAAGGUCGUUUUGAUCCUCCACAGUCAAGGCGCCAUCGAGGGCGGAAUGGUUCUCGACUGGCUAUACUCUAGUGUCUCGGCCGAUGAAAUCCGGAAACUUGAGAUAUACACCUUUGGUAAUGCCUCGAACCACUGGAACGCUCCGGCCAAUGGCCGUGAUAAUUCCGGGGUCGCAACAAUUGCUCUGCAAAGCUCCACUCCAAGCAACAGUGAUGAUGGUAGUGGUGAAGCCUUGGGCGGCGCUCAAAAUCAGAGACUAGUCAAACAUAUCGAGCACUAUGCGAAUACAGGAGAUUACGUUUCCAGAUUUGGCAUUCUCCAUUUUCGCCCGAACAAGGCCGCAGCAACGAGGCAGAACCACGACGAGACGGUCAUGGCGGCGACGACGACGACGAUGACGACGACAACAACAACAACAAUGAGGCCAAGCGGCUCCCAGUCUCCUCGGGCCAACAACAGUUCAAGUGCAAGUGCACCAACUGGCGCUGGCGGCACGCAGCCCGACUCCAACUCGUCAGGGGUCCUUCAAAUUAAUCUGGAAGAAGAAGCCAAGGGUGAGAACAAUCGCUUCAUCGGCUUGCUUUUCAAACGAGAGGCGUCCGGUCACCAACUCAACCAGCACUACUUGAACCACAUGUUCGAGUUGGAGGGCGUCGACGAACGCGACAUGUCCAAGGGCUGCGUCAAGGACAAGAAUAGAUUCAUGACCACGCAAGUCGACAUGGAUGUUUUGAGUGAGUGGGAUACGGUACAGGCUGUAACCUCCGGAAGCCCCGCCAGUGGUGGUCAAAGUCGCCGGAGACACCAAGUCCGGGAGUAUAGUCGGUUGUGGACGUAUCGGAACGGCGAAGAUCCAGAUACUACCUAAUGAUCAACAAACCGACGCAGCAGAACAUUUUUUGUCUUUCCUAAAGAAAGCCUUCAGUGAAAUUAACCUGGCGGGAAAAAGAGAUAAUACAAAACAAAAGGUAAUGACGGGACUAUGGCCAAAACGGAACCAUGUGGCCGUUGUUUGGUGCUUUUUUGGUACUUGAUUCAAGUGACAUUAGACUCAGGUAAGGCUACCAUUAUAAGCACAUGGCAUAUAUAUAUGAUUCUCCGCUCCUAAUCCGGCCCUUCUUUGCUGUCGAUGUCUUUUUUACCCUUUACCGAGCACGAGCUUUGUGUAUCUUGGAGGCAACCUCAUCUCCAAGAACAACUAUGCACAUGAAAAGGGCAGAAACUUCAAAGAAAUCCACCGACCCCAUUCGUAAAUUUGCUAAACAGACUCAAAUCGAUCGAGUCGGCCAACAAGUGAUAUCCAGCUUCAUUGGGGUGCAAAUAAUCCCCCGACUGCAACGCGCCCGCCAACUGACUCGGCACGGUUUGGUUUCUCACCACGGCGUCAAAGUCGAACACGGCGUCAAACGUGCCACCCGAAUUGCGGAUAAAGUCGUUGACCUUUUGCCUGGUCUGCUCACGGAGUGUGCUCGUGUAGGGUUGGAGGGUCGUGUUCCCGUCGGGGGCGGAGAAUGGAGUGAUGGUCGCAGCGAACAGUGGAAUGUUGAAGGCGUGGAUCCGUGCCGAGAUCUGCUUGUACGCCGCGAUGAGUCGGUCGUACGUGACGGUCAGGUUGGCGACGGUGUCGUCGGCGGUCCCGAUGUCGUUGACCCCUUCGAAGAUCAUGGCGUACUUGACACCAGCGUGUGAGAGGACGUCCCGGUCGACGCGAGAAAGGACACUGGGACCCAAACCAUCUUCGAGGAUCCUAUUCCCUCCCGCGGCCUGGUUGGAAACGGCGAGUGAAGUGAGCAUUGGGUCGCCGCUGGAUUGUAGACGAGCGAGGAGGAGGUCGGUCCACCUGUUUUUUUGUUAAGUCCUUAGUCUUCAAAUCUAACUGACAAGACGGCACGCAUACAUACAUCCCCAAAAUGAAAGAAGGAGAGAGAAAGGGAUUUCAGGGUUUCAGGGUUGUAGAGGGUUUUCCUCCCAAAAAAAGCAAAAAAAGAAAACGUACCGAUCAUUCAUGUCUGUAUCGCUACCUCGACCGUCGGUGAUGGAGUCACCUAUGAUGGAAAACGCGUGGGUGGUAGGUGGUGUCCAUGCCUCGACAGCAGACAAAAAGAACCUGGGAAGGAGGUGUAAAUCAGAGAGUCAGUCAUAUGCUAUUUGUUGUAUAUCUGCGUAUGGGGUUGCGGGAG